AUGUCAUUCAAAGAUGGUGGCCGAUUCUUCAGACCUGACUGUCUGUUGCUCUCCACAGUCCUACCGAUCUCCCACCAAAAUUAUCAUCGGCCUUAUACAUGUACGAAGUGUGAGAAAGCUUUUACUGAGGCGUCCUUACUCAUGCAGCAUGUACAGAUUCACAGAGGAGAGAAGGUUUAUGAAUGUAAAGAAUGUGGAAAAGCCUUCAGAAGGCGCUCACACCUCACUUGUCAUACAAGAAUCCACAGUGGAGAGAGGCCCUAUGAAUGUAAGGUGUGUGGGAAAGCCUUUAGGGAGUCUUCACACCACAGUAGACAUAUGCGAACUCACAGUGCAGAGAAGCCCUAUGAAUGUAAGAACUGUGAGAAAGCCUUUAAAAGCAUCUCAGACCUCACAAGACAUAGAAGAGUCCACAGUUCAGAGAAGCCGUAUGAAUGUAAGGAAUGUGGGAAAGCCUUUAAAAUAAAUUCAGCCCUCUCUGCACAUAGAAGAAUCCACAGUGGAGAAAGGCCCUAUGAAUGUAAGGAAUGUGGGAAAUCAUUUAGAAUAACUUCAAGUCUCAUUGCACAUAGAAGAAUUCAUACUGGUGAGAGGCCUUAUAAAUGUAAGGAGUGUGGGAAAUCCUUUAGUCAAUUCUCAAACCUCACAACACAUAGAAGAAUCCACAGUGGAGAGAGGCCCUAUGAAUGUAAAGUAUGUGGGAAAGUCUUCAGUCAGUUCACAAGUGUCACUACACAUACAAGAAUCCACAGUGGAGAGAGGCCAUGUAAGUGUAAAGUGUGUGGGAAAGCAUUUGGUAGUUACUCAUCCCUCCAUAAACAUAGGCAAACUCACAGUAGGGAGAGACCCCAUGAAUGUAAGGAAUGUGGGAAAGCCUUUAAGGAUUCCUCCCACCUCAUUACACAUAUGCAAACUCACAGUAGAGAUCAGCCUUAUGAGUGUACACAGUGUGAGAAAGUCUUCAGCUCUGUGGUGUGGUCCCGAGUUAGUGGGAGCCGUGAGGGGGCCAUCUUGCACACCCCUAAGUCAUCAGGAAGGACUUCAGGUGCCCCGCAGUCUCAUAUUAAGGUCCGAGUGCGCUGCUCCCUCUCUCCCGCCCGCAGUCUUUUCUUCGCCCUCCCGUAG